CGAGUUGACGUUCAGAAACAAUCAGUUUGGACGGAUGGAUCAGUGCAAUAUUUCAGUGGUCAGUGCGAGCUUCAUGUAGACAAAUCCUACCAAAUCGGACAAAUUGUAGUGGAAAUGAUACUUGACACACCAACAAGCAACUUACAAAUAUGGAAAUUAAAAGUGACUGAUGUCAGUAAUGACGGCACGGUAUAUUUACUGGACAAUAAAUAUGAAAUGCACGCAGGGGUGGAAACCGUAAAUUUUAUUUUUCAAUAUAGCAGUAACAGCAUUCCUACAGGGGAAUGCAUAGUUAAUCUUCCCUCUCCGGGUCAGUCAACGACAACAACGUCAUCAACUACGUCAUCGACAACUACGUCAUCAACGACACGCCCUCAAUCCACUACCACCACUACGACAACACCGUCUCCAAUCACGUCACAAUCGACAGGAAGCGGUGUCUACCAGGUACCAGUUGUAAAGGUCCAGGAUCCAUGGCCUACUGGAUCUUCUUGGUCGUAUAAAGCUAAGUGCACCUUUGACAUUACCAGUUCCUGGACACCUGGGACCCUUUUCGUUGAUCUGAUGUUAAACCAGGAAACAUCAAAUUUGCAGAUUUGGUUAAUGGAUGCCCUAAGCGAUAAUUUUAAUGGGAUUUAUUACGAACUCGUAAACAAAUAUUGGGUAUCCGCUGGAUUGUGAUAAUUUGAUUUCAUCGUCACCUACAACGGCGAUAAAGAUAAUUAUCCUAUAGGAUCUUGUUCGAGUAGAAAUCUUACGCCAGGAUCAACGCAAUCUACUUCUACAACAACACCAACAAGUACAACAACAACAACAUCAACAAGUACAACAAGAAGUAGUAGUACAACAACGACAUCUACCGGUACCACCACUACCACUUUGCCCCCGAACACACCACACAACUAUGGCCUUAUCCUGGAGAAAUCAAUCCUGUUUUACGAGGCCCAGCAGUCUGGAGCUCUUCCUCCUGACCACCGGAUAACUUGGAGGGGAGACUCAGCUCUUAGCGAUAUCGGAAUCAACGGAGAGGACCUAACAGGAGGAUGGUAUGAUGCUGGGGAUGGUGUCAAGUUUAAUCUGCCUAUGUCUGCGUCAGCGACAAACCUUGCUGUGGGUUUAUACAAGUGGAGAGACGCUUAUGCGGCUUCUCAACAGCUCCAGUACAUGUACAAAUCUCUGAAAUGGCCGCUUGACUACUUUCUUAAAUGCUGGCGAAGUGAUAGUCAAAUUUAUUAUGCACAGGUGGGUAAUGGUGAUCUGGACCAUGCAUACUGGGGUCGACCAGAGGAUAUGACCAUGGACCGACCACCAUAUUACCUCGACAGUAGCAAGAGAGGAAGUGACGUAGCAGGAGGAACUGCAGCAGCGCUGGCAGCAGGCGCCAUUGCAUUUAAAAAUGAAGAUCCUUCAUAUUCAUCUACUCUUCUGGUCAGUGCUGAGAGUCUUUAUGCAUUCGCAAAGGCACAUCCAGGGACAUACAACAACGACAUUCCUCAAGGUGCCAAGUUUUAUCGUUCAUCAGAGUACAAAGACGAGAUGUGUGUUAGUGCUGCCCUCCUUUACAACGCAACACAGAAACAACAGUAUCUAAGUGACUCGAUAGACUUCUACAACAGUUAUUCUCACAGCGGCUGGGCGUACGACUGGGACGACAAAACCAUGCUCUGUGACAUAAUUCUUUAUGAAAUUACCAAGGAAUCACGCUAUAAAACCGCUGUAGAGAACUUCAUCACUUCCUAUAUGCCAGGGGGAUCUUUGCCCUAUACUCCUGGGGGACUUGCCUGGAGGUUGGAAUGGGGACCGCUAAGAUACUCUGCAAAUGCCGCUUUUAUCGCCCUUCUGGCAGCUGAUGUGGGCAUUGGUAACGCUGCAACAUAUCGAGGGUGGGCGGAGUCACAGAUUCAUUAUAUGCUGGGCGAUAACAACAAUGGCUUUAGUUACGUUAUUGGUUAUGGUGCUAGCUAUCCACUGAGACCACAUCAUCGUGGAAGUUCUUGUAGAGAUAUGCCGGCUUCAUGUACCUGGGAUGACUACACCAUCCCAGGCCCAAAUCCACAGGUUUUGGAGGGCGCGCUCGUGGGGGGUCCCGGUUUGGAUGAUUCCUAUGAGGACAGAAGAGACAAUUUCAGGACCAAUGAAGUGGCUUGUGAUUACAAUGCUGGUUUCCAGUCUGCCGUGGCUGGACUUCUGCACUUUGCCAUGAAUUAACCGUCUCUGCUGCUCAUUGAAUUGGUACGAAGAGGCCCAAGGUUCUACAAGAUCUCUGCUGUGGUGCUCAAACAUUGAUCCAUUUAAUUUAUUUAUUAUUUUCAUUUCAAAUCAUAUUUCCUCUUCACUUUUUAUGCUAAUGUUUUGCCUGACUUCAUUGUUAUGUAUUUUUUUUACGUGACAAAUUUUUAACAUCAUUGAUUUGCGGCCUGAAAAAGGAAACUGAAAAUCACACUGCACGAGGACUUGCUGA